CGCUGUAAACCCGCGCCUCCUCCGUUGAUUUGUUCCAGAGCCCCGUCCUUCCUUCAGUCAUGGCGAUGCACGCUAAGGCCACUCCGCCCCAGAUCCCCGACACCCGCAGGGAGCUGGCGGAUCUGGUCAAGAGGAAGCAAGAACUAGCCGAGACCCUGGUGAACUUGGAAAGACAGAUCUAUGCGUUCGAAGGCAGUUACUUAGAAGACACACAGAUGUACGGAAACAUCAUAAGAGGAUGGGACCGCUACCUCACCAAUCAGAAAAACUCCAACAGUAAAACCGACAGACGAAACAGGAAAUUCAAAGAAGCUGAACGUCUUUUUAGCAAAUCAUCAGUGACCUCUGUCGCAGCGGUGUGUGCGCUCGGUGGGGUUCCAGACCACAUGAACGAAAAGCGUGAGGCAGGUAGCGGCACAGAGAGUGACGCUUCUCCAGAUCUCCAGAACCAGGAGAACGAGCCGAGCCAAGACGACACUGAGGAACUGGACUCGAAACCCCAGAAAGCGGCUUCUUCCUCCUCCUCUAGCAGCCAUCACAACUCCCACAAGAAGAGGAAGAACAAGAAUAGGCACAGCCCGUCGGCCAUGUUUGAUUAUGACUUUGAGUUUGACAUGAAGGUGAACAAGAAGCCAAGAGCGGACUACUCCACCUGAACCUCCAAGAUCUCUUCUCCCCCACUCUUUUUCCUCUCCUCUCCCUCUCUUUCCUCUCUUCUGUUCCUCUCCUCCUGUCACUCUCUCUUCUCUGCUCUCUCUCUCCCCCUCUGUCUCUCUCCCUCACCCUCCCCUCCCUCUGCCUCUUUCUGUCUCCUCUUCUCUUUCUCUCCCCCUCUCUCUGUCUUUGGAUCUCCUCCUGCCUCCCUGUCUCCUCCAGAUCAGAACAUUUUUGGACUUUUUUUAAUGUGUUUUUCCUUCACAUUCCGGUGGCUCGUGUGGCUCCCGUGGCUCAUGUGGUGGUGGAGGUGGCAGGGCUGCAGGUCCCACACUGGUGUCUGCAUAGUGUUAAAGAUUUGUAUUUAUUAUUGUCUAUGGAGAAUCACAGCAGUUUCACACUUUUGUUUUUUUACAUGGGCUCAUUAUUUCACAUGUUUUAUAAAAAAAAGAAUAAAAACCAUUUGGAU